AGAAACGCCUUGAAUUUUUUAAUGAAACAAAACAUUCAUAUUUCUAGUUUACUUUUAAAUAGCUUACUUUUGAACUACAGAGGAAAACAACGACAAUAAAAACUGGUUAUUUGAAUCCUUCAAGUGUCUACUGUUUAAUUAUAUCACAAUUAUUGUAAUGUAAUUAACAAAACUAUAAAUAAAGAUGAAUUCAAUAAAAAGGAAACAUCUCUUAUUUAUUGCGGUUAUAUUUAUGCAAUUAUACUUUACUACCGGAAACGGUAGAGUUGAAUUAAAUGGACCGGAAGGGGUGCAAUUCACAAGAGUUGAUACAAAACAUGUUGAUAUUUUUGUAAAUAAUAAAAGAUGGCUAAUACUAGAUGAGCCAUGGUUUAUUAUAAAGGGACAAAAAUGCUCGGUUAGUAAUGGUUGUUUGUCAUUAGUUCGGCAAACUAUUGAAACUGGACGUGAUGUGUGGGGAAAUUGGAAUGCCACCAAUGCCUUAUUAAAGACAAAGAAUGAUUAUUACCUAAGUUUAAUGAUAGUCCAAUACAGGGAAAUAAACGCAAUUGCCUUUGGCCAGUUGUUUCUUAACGAUACAAUUGGAACAUCGAACAACAAUUUAGACAAGACAGGCUCAGGUUUUCCAGUUUUUGCUACAAAUGCCUCAGACGCCGAAUUGGGGUACUAUGCUGUUAGAGGUUACAUGUAUGGGGAUGACGAUAAGGUCUUUGGAAGAUGGGGUUCAAAAAUGGAUCUUAGCAAAGGCCACAAAAUUGGUCCUAUAAGCUUGUAUGAUCAAAAGGGCCGAACGGUUGUAUUGUCUCAUUUAAACUCUUUCAUGGGCCAGUCAAUUUGGCAUGAUGGAAAUAUGCUAAAUUUCGGCAUUGGAGGCCGUAUCGAAAAAGUUCCAAGGAAUUAUGCAGCCUUCAGUCUUUUAUUUUUCGGUGGGGAAGAACUCGGUGUCAGAGAUUCAAUACUUGAAUGGGGUCGUCUAAUGAGACUAAAAUAUAAUUCUCAAAAUUUAAAGUACGCCGAAACAGAUUUCGUUAAUAAUUAUUUAGGAUACUAUACGGACGAUGGGGCCUGCUAUUAUUAUUACAAAGAACCGAAUAAAACCUAUGAACAGACAUUAAUAGAUGUUAUUGAUGAGGCGAAGCAACGUCGUAUACCAUUCAGAUUUAUACAACUAGACUCUUGGUUCUAUCCUAAACAUCCAGAUAAUGCUGGUGGUGGAACAAUCGAUUGGUACCCUCAUAAAAAAUACUUCCCCCAAGGUUUAGAGCAUUUCAUUAAUGUGACAAAAUUACCGGUAACUUGCCAUGGGAAAUGGUGGUCGACGAAAACACCUUUGGCAAAGCAAAAUGGUGGUCCCUUCGAUUUUUACUUUGAAGACAAAAAUGGCAUGGCCCUACCCAUUGAUCCUAAAUUCUGGGAUUUUAUACUUGGGAGAGCCCGUCAAUGGGGUUUGAUUAUGUUCGAACAAGACUGGCUGGGCCAGAUGUUCGAUUGGAUGGAUAUUCUUCAAACAAAUAUAACUAUCGGUGAAAUAUAUAUGAGGCAAUUUGCCGAAGGUUCGCGGAAAAAUGGACAAGUCGUUCAUUUGGCAACAGCGUAUCCAAGACACGUUAUGGCUGGUUUACAAUUCGACAUUGCGACCGAAGGCAGAACCUCUGAAGACUUUGCUUUGCAAAAUUACCAAUGGAGAAUGGGUGUUACGUCAAUAUUUGCUUUUGCUAUGGGGCAAAAGCCUACUAAAGAUACUUUUUGGACAACCUCGGUUCAAAAGUGUCCUCAUUACGCUCAUUUAAUUGGAAAAUAUCCAGAUUUAGAAGUUGCUAUCAGUACGAUAAGCGGAGGGGUCGUUGGUUCUGGCGAUCAGAUAGGCAAGACGAAUAGAGAGAAAUUAAUGAAAUGUUGCAACGAUGACGGAUUGAUAUUAAAGCCAGAAAGGCCCGCUAUGGCUAUCGAUCCUAUGUUGUUAGAAAGAGCUUUCAAAGAAGGUCUAGGACCUCGUGGUACAUCUGAAGUGACAUCAACAUAUUCAAUAGUCAGUGGUUUCUUUUUUGGAAUAAUUUUAGCUGCUGAUUUAAAUACUACGUACGAGAUUACCCCUAAAGCAGCUGGAUUUAACUAUGAUUACCCGGAGAGUGUCAUUUAUUCGUAUAAUAAUUUUAAACACUCGCUACCUUUCUCCAACAAUCAACCAUAUAGCAUCAAUAACUGCACUAUGAAAAACUUUUGUAUGCUAUAUACGACGCCAAUAUUUAGAAUUGGGAACUCCGAAGUUCUUCUCUUAGGGGAAAUGACGAAAUGGGUACCCAUGAGUUCGAAGCGCUUCAGAAGUUUAAGUGUAAUGGGUACUGGUAUAAUUAUGAAAGUUUAUGGAGCGCCCGAAGAGCACGUUUACAUAUCUUUACAAAUCGAUAGGAAACUAUUCACUAUCGAUUGCAAACUAGACCUUUCCGGAUACGGUAUCUUCAACUCGAACACGAUGUCAUGUUAACAAUACUUAACUCUCUUUCCCUAAAACUCUAUAACUAAGUUUUAUAUACUCUUUAUUGAAUUAUUACAAUUGCUCAUUUUUAUGAUUUUUAAACACUCUUAAUCAUACUCACAAUCGCUCAAGAAAUACAUAAUGUCGUUUGAACAAUACAAGCUAAGUCUUUAUAUGAUUAGCACAGAAUUUUUUUCAUUAUAACUACACUUGGUGUUAUUCAACGAUGAAUAAGUUAUUAAUAAAAAUUCAGUGGAUUAUUAUUCCCUUUACAAAAGUGACAAUUCUCUUUUACCCUACUGACAUACUUAAUUUUUUUUCUAACGUUGUGUAAAGUAACCCGAGAUUUACAGGAAAUUGGAUGGAACUAACAAAAGCGGAAUCGAAUUGAGAGGAAUUAUUUAAAAAUUUACCCUCUUAUUAACUUAAUCCAUUUUAUUUGACAGACUAUUUUUUAAAUCAACUUAUUUGAUGAG